CGGCCGGCCGUCCCUCCCUCUCCCCACCGCGCGCGCCAUGUCUGACAGUGGCGAGAGCCCCCCCGGGGCCCCGAGCCCCGACGAGACCCCCGCCCCAGCCGCCUCUGCCUCUUCCUCUGAGCCGCGAAUCAUCAAAGUCACUGUGAAGACACCGAAAGAGAAGGAGGAGUUCGCGGUGCCGGAGACGAGCAGCAUCCGGCAGUUUAAGGAAGAAAUCUCCAAGCGUUUUAAGGCCCACACAGACCAACUUGUGUUGAUAUUCGCUGGAAAAAUCUUAAAAGAUCAAGAUACUUUAACCCAGCAUGGGAUCCAUGAUGGACUUACGGUUCACCUGGUCAUCAAAACACAGAACAGAUCACAUGAUAAUUCAGCUCAGCAAACAAAUACUGCAGGAAGUACUACUACUACAACAUCAUCCACCAGUAGUACCUCUACGAGUUCAACAACCAGCAGUCCUUUUGGUUUGGGUGGUAUUGGAGGACUUGCAAGUCUGAGUAGUCUGGGACUGAAUACUUCAAACUUCUCAGAACUACAGAGUCAGAUGCAGCGACAACUAAUGUCUAAUCCAGAGAUGAUGGUUCAGAUCAUGGAGAAUCCCUUUGUUCAAAGCAUGCUUUCAAAUCCAGACCUAAUGAGACAGUUAAUUAUGGCUAAUCCUCAAAUGCAACAGUUGAUACAACGCAAUCCUGAGAUCAGUCAUAUGCUUAAUAAUCCAGAUAUAAUGAGACAGACUUUAGAGCUUGCUAGAAACCCUGCAAUGAUGCAAGAAAUGAUGAGAAACCAGGACCGUGCCUUGAGUAACCUUGAAAGUAUACCUGGUGGUUAUAAUGCUCUGCGGCGCAUGUACACAGAUAUACAGGAGCCAAUGCUGAAUGCAGCACAAGAGCAGUUUGGAGGCAACCCAUUUGCUUCCCUAGUAAGCAAUUCGACUUCAGGUGGAGACAGCCAGCCAUCUCGCACAGAAAAUAGAGACCCUUUACCAAACCCUUGGGCUCCUCAGUCUGGCACACAGAGUUCCCCAAGCAGUGGGAGCAGCGGCGGAGACAGCGGAAGAGGCAGUAAUGUUGAAAACAGUAGCACUGGAAGCACAGGACAGAGCUCAACAAUGCCAAACUUGGGACCUGGUCUGGGAGCUGGUAUGUUUAACACACCUGGAAUGCAGAGCUUGUUGCAGCAAAUAACUGAAAAUCCGCAGCUGAUGCAGAACAUGUUGUCUGCGCCCUACAUGAGGAGCAUGAUGCAGUCAUUGAGCCAGAAUCCCGAUCUUGCAGCACAGAUGAUGCUGAAUAACCCUUUGUUUGCUGGAAAUCCUCAGCUUCAAGAGCAGAUGAGACAACAAAUUCCAACUUUCCUUCAACAAAUGCAGAACCCCGAUACACUAUCUGCCAUGUCAAAUCCUAGAGCUAUGCAGGCUUUGCUUCAAAUUCAGCAGGGUUUGCAGACUCUAGCAACAGAGGCACCAGGACUUAUCCCUGGUUUUAAUGCUGGUAUAGCUGGAUUAGGAAGCGCUGGCAUUCCUCCUGGGACAACAGCGCCCACUUCCAUCCCCAGUGAAACUGCAAGUCCGGCAUCAGGAACUGCUGAAACUGGACAUCAGCAGUUUGUUCAACAGAUGUUGCAGGCACUUGCUGGAGCAAAUGCUCAGCAACUACAAAAUCCAGAAGUCCGAUUUCAGCAGCAACUGGAGCAGCUCAGUGCCAUGGGCUUUUUGAACCGUGAAGCAAACUUGCAAGCUCUAAUAGCAACGGGAGGUGAUAUCAAUGCAGCCAUUGAAAGGCUACUGGGUUCCCAGCCAUCAUAGCAACGUUUCUGAAACUUGAAAAAUAGGAUGUACACAUGAAAACAGAUCUUUUUUUCCAAGCGGCUUCUUCAUUGCAGUAGUACAAAAACAUCCAUUUUAAAACCAGACUAAAUGAAAAACGAAGGACACCUCCAGGGUAGUAGAAUCUUACAGCAUCUUUAGCAAGCAUCUCUUUGCAGAAGUGCUUUGGCAAAUUCUUUUAAGAUACUAGGAUUGUUGAUCUGAUCUUGACAUCUUAACUGUACAGAAACCUGCAUUGUAACAUUGUCUCAAUAUUCACAAGGAUUGGUUGUAAAUUACCUUCAUCUUUGUGCAAACUGAAGGAGCACAGCUGUUUGCUCCAAAACUGCUUUUGCCUAAAGCUUCUUUGGCUUUAUCCCCUUGAGAUUCUAACUUGUAUUAUGAUUUGUAAUUGGAACCAUACUUUCACUGACACUGUCAUGUGAUACUCUAAUUACUUUUAACCACCAUGUAAAAAUACUGUAUAUCUUUUGGGUUUUUAUUGGUAGUUAUUUCUCUUGUGCACAGGUAAUAAAUGAAUUAAACUUCUUUGUGAGCAA